UAGCAUCACUCAUGCAGUGCACAUGAACCUGGGCAAACUUCGGGAAAUAGUGAGGGACGGAGGCCUGGAUGCUACAGUCCAUGGGGUUGCAAAGAAUCAGAAACGACUGGGCAACUGAACAACAACAUAGUCUCUACACUUCCUAGGCAAUAAUAGACAAAAAGCAACAUUCAGCCCCUAUCAACUGCACAAUCAUAAAUUAAAAUUUGUAUUUUAGUAUUAAGGAUAUUAUGCCAGAGCACUCAACUGAUAAAUAUGGUCGAGCUUCCAGCACCUUCAUUAUUACCAGUUGCAAUCUAAAGUUGUUUUAGCUUUUCUGCACCGGUAAAGGUAACUAAAAGCCGGCUUUGUAACUCGCAGCUGGUCUAAGUCACACACCAGCUGUCUCUUGUAAAUUUACCGCGGAGUUAACAGCUCACAAACGUCUACGGAGACGAGGAGUCAAAAUGCGUGUAUCCCAGCGGGCGGGGACACGAGCCUCUCCCAAGGCCCAGCCCACAAGCCCCCCGAGGCGUGGGCCAGCGCUGUGCACGCGGGGAGUUGUAGUUCCUCCUCUCUUCUGCGAGUCAGGCCACCGUAGCUCGAGCGCCUCCUAUGGCGCGCAGGCUCUGAAAGCUUGGCGCACGCGGACAGCGGGAAGCGUUUCCUAGCAACGGGGGAGCAGCAACGUCACGGCGGCGGGUACUCAGAGCUGCUGCCUACCGUUGGGCGGCCUUGAGUACCUUUCAGCUACCUGCGGGCUGGAAGGAACGCUGUGCGCAGCGCUCUGUCCGCACGUCUUUGCCGGUCCGUUCCCACCUGAUCCUACCCCUGGUCCCCGAAAGCAACCUCCUGCCGCGACCCCGGGUCCGAGGCACGGCCGGAGGCUAGAGGCGGCUCGCCAGGUUCCUAUCUGGCCCUCGCCCCCAGCGCCCGCGGAGCCCACCGCCCGCGGCCUCAACGGGACGAUGCUGGAGUCUAUUCGAGUGACAGAAAAGCUUCACUGGCCUGAGCAAGAGCUUGCUAAGAAGUCCAUUCUAAAUGCAGAAGCAUCCUUGAUCAUUGACAGUAAAAGAAGCAUUUCACACUUAUCUCCUGGAAUACUGAAGGACAUUUUCACAACUGGAACCAGUAGUUACAAUGUCUUACUACAGAGCAAAGAGGAGAAAAAGCAUCAUUCACAAAAACAGCCUUCCUCUACUGGCUCCAAAAGAUGUAGAAAACCCAGCAAAUCUCCUAGCUCUUCACGUAGUAAAGAUCUUCGCAAGAUGAAAGCCCCAGUGCCUGUGAUGAGCAGUAGUACUUGGUACUGCCUAGAAAGGCAGCCUGCUGUGUUUGUCACUGGGUCAGUGUCAAGUCCUGUAAAGUUUACUCAUGAUAUCUCUGUUACAGGAAACACCAUAGUACUGCCACCUAAACCCAAAAAUGAAAGAAAGGUGAAGCGACACCUUUUCUCCACAUUGCCAAAGCCAAAGCCAAAGCCACAGCCUCUACUGUCGAGAAGUUUUGAAAAAGGAGAUGAUUUUUCUGGAAAGAAAUUUUGUAUACUGACUGCUAUAAAGCCCACCAACUUGGAGAAAGAAAAACUGAGGUUCUUCAAGUCCGACUACACCUACAAUCCUCAGUUUGAGUAUGCUAAUCCCUCUCUGCCAAGCGUAUUGGCCAAGCACAGCAAUGCAUCUGAUCGAUUUCUUAAGCAGUCCAUCAAUAUUAUGGAACUGACUUUACAAAAGUAUGGAAGUUAUGAAAAAUUUGAACAGGCCACCGGUGGUAGCCUGCUAUCUAAAACUCGAAUCUGGAGUCAUGUUAGGAAGUACAUGAUGAAAGAAGGCUGCAUGGGUGAGAUUGUAGUUCAUCUCACUGAGGACCUGCUUUCCCGAGCUUCCAUGACAGUAGUAAAUGGAUGUCCGACGCUGACCAUCAAUGUUUCUACUGCACGAGAGCACUGGCUGGAAGGGAUGCUGAGACAUGAAAUAGGCACACAUUAUUUUCGAGGUAUUAACAACCUUCAGCAGCCAUGGAACAGUUGGACUGGCCGUAAAAAACUUGAACUAAAGCCAAAUAACCCCACCGAGGAAGGACUGGCAAGUAUUCACAGUGUCCUGUUUAGAAAAGACCCCUUUUUAUGGAGGGCUGCCCUCCUCUACUACACUGUUUAUCGCGCCAGCCAGAUGUCUUUUUGUGAACUAUUCAGAGAUAUUGGCAAGUUUGUCAAGGACCCCAAUACGAGAUGGGAUUAUUGUGUACGAGCGAAGAGGGGAUGGACUGAUACCUCUCAACCAGGGUGUUUCAGUAAAGACCAGGUAUACUUGGAUGGUAUCCUGCAAAUCCUCCGCUAUAGAGAGACCAUCGACUUCCAUCUUCUGACCACCCUGGGGAAGGUCUCUUAUGAAGAUGUGGAUCGCUUAAAAGGAUUGGCAGUUACUGAAAACAUGAGGAUUCCUCACUUUUUGCAGGACCAUAGCCGAUACAUGGAGCACUUAGAGAAGAUCAUGGAAGUCAAUGAACUGACUGACAGGGAACUGAAAGACCUUAUAUGUUAGUAUGUUCACAAGAAUACUAUUUCAGUUACACCUCCGUGUAUAUUACCAGUUAGGCGCAGUUGGCACCAGCAGAUUUAUAAAAGAAGAAUGGCUGUUUACAUGAGUUUUCUGAAGAAUGAUCUGCAGUAUUCAGCUAAAUAUUUAAGUUGAGAACAAAUGUUAAACUGUUUCCCUAAAAUGUUUCUGUAGGCUCCAGGGGAAAGUUACUCCUGUUCUUAUCUGAAUCUCAGAGUCAGCUGAAAGUACUGCUGAGGAGUGUCUUUGAGGAUCCUGGUCCAGUGGCGUGAUCAGCUUCUUCCUGAGCCAUAAGCGUUGGUCGUAGUGCCCCUGCCUGAGCACCAAGACCAGCUCUGCCUGGAGAUUGAAUUCCAGUGUUGUUCAAACUCCAGGGGUCUGUCUUAUUUAAUAAAUAAUGGUAAUUAUUCUUCUUUGAAAAAUCAGUCUGUAUUGUAUCCCCAAAAGCUAGAAAAUAAGAAAUUUAAGACUUAUUUUCUUAUAUGUUAAGUAAUGUGAAAGAGAAGGGAAAAGCAAUUUUUAAAGUUAUUAGUUCAUUUUUGUCCAGUUAUCCUUUAGCUAAACUUGGUUUUCAUUUGCUGAAAUAUAUCGUACCUCUUCAAAAUUUUAACCGUUUUAGGGUCUUUUCUCCCCAUUCCUCUCUAUUCCUUUAUGUAAAUGAAAAUACAAGUCUCAGAGAGGUUUUUCUACCUAAAUAGUUGGGCAAGAGAGAAGCCACUUCCUUUUUUUUUAAAUUAAAUGGAGCAAGGAGCUGGAUGUUGACUGGGUAGCAUCUACAGUAAGCUUAACUAUACUCUGAGAAACAGAAUUUCUGGGCAUUGCUAGUUGAUAAACUGGCUCUGUGAUGUUGGCUCAAGAGUAUUUAAUCAAAAUCUUUGGCUUGAUGAAGUAAAAAAAUGAUAUAAUUUGAAUUUCAAAAAUGAGUUCUGUUUCACUACACUUAUACCUAGCUUUGUAAUUUAUCAAUUUCAAUAUAUAUUUGUGUGCAUUAUAUAUGCACACACACACACAUACUUGGGCUCAAGUGGUUUUUCAAACAGCUUUUUUAGUAAUCAGAAAGGAUACUGCUGUAAAUACCCCAUUCAAAAUUGCUGUUGUAAUUUCUACCCAAAGUGUGCGAGUGUAUCUUUACCUCAAUUCAGGCUUAACUAUGGUGCUAACACUGGUAGAUAUACUCUGCAAAGCCUGGUUCACAUUCAUACUAGGAAAGGAUUUUAGAAACUCUUUUGCAGACUAGGUUAUGUGAUUUUUCUCUUUCACAUAUCUCGAAGGGCUUGCCUCAAAGAAUGAUAUAUUUCAAACUGGCACCUGGCAGUUCUUGCAAAGCCACACAUUUCGCCUAAUUGAGCAGGCCAGGCCCUUUGGAGCACUGCAGGUGCCCGUACGUGUGUCAUGCUGGCUGGAGCGUGCCCUGCACUGUGCAGGGCUGGGGGCACAGUGCCCCGAUACUGACCAGACACCAGACCACCACUCCUGUCCCUUCAGGCAUUAUUUACCUGUAGCAGAGUCACCCAGUUUCAGCUUUUGUGUAAUGUUUUCUGACUUCAUCUUCAAACUUAUCAAAGGUAAUUGCGAAAACAGUGUUUUAUUAACUGAAAUUGAAACACACACAGAAAUGGCAAUAUUGAUGUCCUGUGACCUAAGCCUAAAUGCUUAUACCUUCAACACUUGUAGGCAAUAACACUGCUAAUCCUAUGGUUUAAAUAUAAAGGAAAGCCGUAGAGGCCUUAAUUUCCUAUUGGUAGGAUUGUUUGUAGUGGUUUCAGUCCCUGCAUUUUAAAAUGGAUAGAUAUUAUAUGAUCUGAAAAAGGAAAACCUUUCUUGCCUUACUGCUUUGGUAUAGAGACAAAAACCAUGAGCACUGUCUGGACAAAAAGAAAAAAAAGACCUUAAAUCACACUGAUUAAGAUAUUUCAAAAGUUAGCACUGAACAAAAGUAGUUUAAGAUUAGCAGAAAUACUUAAAGAGCCCCAAGCUUUAAAAGUUGAGAUUGAAGAUUUAAUGUUUAUUUUCUUUCUCAAAAUAGCACUAAGGUCAGUUUUGUUCUCCCAAAAUAAAAGUUUUUAGAAAUAGAAAAUUGUAGCAGUGGUACUUAGAAUAGUUGAAGGUCAUACUAGUUUUAAUUAGAACAAUCAGUUGCUAUAGGCUACUGAUUAGGAUUUCAUCAAUUUUGUCCACUGUAAUUCUAACAUAGCUGUGUCAAAGUCUGAUAAAUGGUUAAGUUUUCACAGAUUUGAAGUAAAAUUGUUUGCAAACAUAAAUCCAUAGUCAUCUUUAUAUUUUCACCUUUGUAAAAGUGUUUAAAGUAUCCUUUGUUUUAUAUCUGAGCAUUUUGUGUCUAGCUGCAAUAGAAAUAAAUAGCACUGAGCUUCUCAAA